AUGGCGGAAGGCAGCGCCGGGUCUCGGGGAGCUGCUCCCUCUCGUUCCUCGACGCGCGCCUCGGAUGCAUUUGCACACGGUGGCCGUCGCGGUUCCUUGGGCCGCAUGGAAUCCUCAACAGCUGACUCCUUCUUCGCCUCGGAGCCGCCGCCCCCCAACGUUGCCACUGCAGGACUUCGCGUGCGGCAGUUCGUGCGGCCGCUGCUAGAAAGGGAGGAACUGAAGGAAGCGAAGCUCGCUAUCAUCACUUCAGGGGGCACAGAUGUCCCUUUAGAGCGGGAGGCGGUUCGGUACAUAACCAACACAAGUUCGGGGGCGCGAGGCGCUGCUUUGUGUGAGCAGUUGUUACGCCUGGGGUAUUACGUGGUGUUCGUCACCUCUGUGCGAGCUUUGAAGCCCUUCGUCCGCCAUCUGCUGCCUGCCCAUCCAAUGCCUCACAUCCUCGACCGUAUCUCCUUCAGCAGCCUGCAAAAGCAGGAGAAGGAAGAGGAGCAACAGGAGCAGCAGGAAGAGCAGGAGCGGCAGCUGCGGGAGCCCAUCGUUGAGGAGCCUUCAUCGGAGGUGGAUGCGUCUGGGAGCGAGGAGAGCACCACGAGUGCGCCGCUACCCGUCACCUCUCGGCAUCUGGCGUAUGAGACGUUUACUGCGGUGUACGAGGAGCAGGUAGAGGGGGGUGCGCGAGUCAUUACUUCUGUUGGUUCUGUCCGCAACAGCGACCCCACAGCAACGACCGAUGAAAACGGAAGCACAGCGGUGGAGCCUGCGGGGGCCUCGCCGUCAACCGGCAGAGCAGCAGAAGCAGCAGCAGCAGAAGCAGCAGCAGAAGUGGCAGCAGAAGCAGAAGCAGCAGAAGACACUGAGGGUGAGGAGUUGCCCUGGCGAGUAGUUUUGAGGGGGCCGUUGGGGCCGGGUGGAGUCGACGAGGGAGUAGAAGAUCAGGCGAUGGACGCGUCGGGUUGGGAGUUCGACGGCCGCGAGGCGGCUGCAGCAUAUGAGCUGUACAGACACUGCAGAAACCGGUUGAUCUGCAUCACAUACCGCACGCUGGUGGACUACGCCUUCAUUGUGCGUGCAGUUGCAGCCGGGGCGGCGCCUCUCCGCGAGCGGCUGAUGUUUUGUUCUGCUGCUGCUGUUGCAGACUUCUAUCUGCCGCACUCUAUCAUGCCCACGCAUAAGCUCAAGACCCCGCAGCAGCUGCAGCACCAGAAAGCCCACGCAGGCGCAGCAGCAGCAGAAGGCACAGACAAGGGGGCUCGCGAUACGCACAAGUCGGCGUCACGCGUGGGGUCCUUUGCUGCCUCCAUACAGCCGAAGCGCUGGUUCACUGGCGAGUCUGAGGCGGCAGACACCGCAGCAGCAGCAGCGCUAGAGGGAGCAGGGGAGCACCACCAGCAUCAGCAGCAUCAACAGCAUCAGCAGCAUCAGCAGCAUCAGCAGCAGGCUAGCAGCCACCAGCACUUGACUUUGCGUUUGUGGGUGGCCCCGAAGAUGCAAGGGGGCUCGCGAUACGCACAACCGAAACGCUGGUUCACUGGCGAGUCUGAGGCGGCAGACACCGCAGCAGCAGCAGCACUAGAGGGAGCAGGGGAGCACCACCAGCAUCAGCAGCAUCAGCAGCAUCAACAGCAUCAGCAGCAUCAGCAGCAGGCUAGCAGCCACCAGCACUUGACUUUGCGUCUGUGGGUGGCCCCGAAGAUGUUGUCUGUGCACGGGACGAUUGAGGCGCGUCUGGCUAAACAGCUGGAGAAGCUGCAAACGAUGAAGCUGAAGGAAGCUUUUCUAUGA